CCGAGAAAAGGAAAGAAAAAAAUCGUCGUCUCUUCUGUUUUCUACUGCUUACACUCAACUCAACUCACUCGUUCACUCACUUUCUUUGAUACUGUGAGCUUUGUAUAUAGACAAUGGAUGACUACCUUGAUAAGUAUUUCUCUUCCUCACAAUGGUCCGAUGUUAAUGUUAAUGUCAAGGAAAGGUCAUCUUGGGUCCAUGGCGAACCGGAUCAGCCAAAUGCACUGCUGGUUAGUUCACUAGGAGUUUACCAAGAUGAUCAGCCAAAUCACACCUCGACGCAGAUGGUAGAUGGAAGCUUGGGAUUUGGAAAUCUAGGACUGCAGUUUAAUGCGGAUGUUCAUUCCUCUGGCUCAAUGAGCCUUCAAGUUGUUGGUGAUAUGACUCUGUCUCGAUCAGGGAAUGUGGUGUGCAAUGGAGGUGACUCUUCCAAGUUUCGGAGAUCACUUACAGGCUUAGAAAUCCUUUCUCCUAUUCCACAAUCGUGGCAUCUGCAACCGUAUGACGGUGUACUUUCUUCCCUUCCGACUUUGAUGGAACAAACCAGAAUGCAAAGCUCUUGUCUUCAACAUGAUAACGGAAAAGUAGUUGAUGAUGGUAAUUAUGGCAAUAUUAACAGAUUUGUGGAGAUUGGUAAGAUUCUGCAACCGGAGUACUUAUCAUCAUCAAUCAAUGCAAAGGGAAAACACGAUGCCGAAAAUUCUCUUUACUCAUCUUGUCCGGCCGACCGCCCGGUAACAAAUACUACGACAGUCUUACCUUCUCUGCUGCAGAGUUCAUCACAUGCUCCAAACAAUGAUUGCAAUGGAAUUGCGAAGCCUCGAGUUAGAGCACGGCGAGGUCAGGCUACCGAUCCACACAGCAUUGCAGAGAGGCUCAGAAGAGAGAAGAUUGCCGAAAGGAUGAAGAAUCUGCAAGAGCUUGUACCUAAUUCUAAUAAGACUGACAAGGCCUCUAUGCUCGUCGAAAUCAUAGAGUAUGUCAAGUUCCUUCAGCUCCAAGUGAAGGUACUAAGCAUGAGCAGGCUGGGGGCAGCAGGUGCAGUUGUUCCUCUCAUCAUUGAUAGCCAAGCUGAGGGAUCUAAUGGUUUAACACUAACACCCUUGGUGGGUGAAGGAGUUGAUUAUUCGCCAUCUCCCGAACAAGUCGUUUUUGAGCAAGAAGUGGUGAAACUCAUGGAAUCCAACGUGACAAUGGCCAUGCAAUAUCUGCAAAGUAAAGGUCUUUGCCUCAUGCCAAUUGCGCUCGCCGCUGCCAUAUCAAACAGGAAGGCAACAUUGUCGUUGUCGUUGGGUCCUGCUUCCGAGGAGAGGAAGAAAUCCGGUUUCGCCGACGGUGUUUUAAGCAACGAUGAUAUUGUCCACAACAACACCUGCAGCAGGAGCAGCAGCAGUGGCACUGGGAUUCAUCAAUUAACAACCUGUGAUGGUAAUUCUUUGAUUGAAAAGCUAAAUGGUUGCAAUGGCACCUUCAAACAAGAAGAAAUCAACACGCUGUGCACAGCCAAAUGACUGAAAUCCCAUGCCAAUAUGUAA